UAUAUAGCAUUUCAAUGUUUUCAGGGUACAAUAGAGUGCAGUACAGUGGACUCUUCUUGACUCUACCAUUCCAUAAUUCGCACUCUAUUCCCCUCGAGGCCUGCUUCUCCUUAAAAUCCUCCCCCCACUUCUCAUUUAUCGUUUAUUCUUAUCUAUGACGUCAUGCGGUGCGGAGUGCGUUGUUAAGUCGGAAGGGUGAGAUAAUAAGAAUGGAAUCGUAGGGGUGGAAUCUUGAGGGUAAAAUUUAAAGGGUGUAAUCGUAAAAAUAUACUGGUGGCAUUCUAGGGAUUGAAGUCACAUGUUAUUCGCUAAUUAUCACGAAAAAAAUAUAAAUUGUAAAAAUAUAAUUCACGAUUGAUACUUUUGGAUUUUGUUCUCUGUGUACUACUCUCACAGAGCCUUCAUGACUCUUACACAGAACUAAUACAUUUCAUUUUCUUUUCACAUUUAAUCACACGUAAGCUGUACCGAUUACGUAAUUUUUCCGUAAUUUCAAGUUUCCCAAAGUCUCAUGAACUGUCUCAGAGCUAUUCACCUCUGAAAAUGGUUCAUUACGCCCCACCUUUCCUUACUUGCAAAUGCUACACCCAAUUUUUGUGCUCUUUCGGAAUGCUGCUGCAGUAAUUCAAUAUCACGUUGAUCUAUCAAACUUUUCCAAUCUCUUUUAAUGGUCAAAAGUAGUUGAAUCAUCUAAAAUAUCCAUGGAAAAACGAUUCUGAUUCGAGGGGUUCAGCGUGAUCCACAAAAAAACAGUAAUUACAGUGUCCUCCAUAAUUGUCCAGUUGAAAAACUUCGUGAAAGCUAAUGCUAUUAAUCCGAUAAUAAAUAGGUCUUCAAUGACAACAUCUAUAUCAUCUAUUGAUGUUAUACAUUUGAUAAUCUGCAACCAUCGUAUAAAAAAUUGAAUAUGGAAGCUUUCUAAAAGCCAACAGUAUUAGAAUGGAAGAUGGAAUUCAUACUGUAGGUGUCAGGAAACUGGUGAUCGUGAAAAAGGUCAAGCACCUUAAGAUUCUCUUUUCCUUCGAUGAUUGAAAUGGCCACUGACCAAUGCAUUGUAGUCCUCGUUUCGUAAUCCAAUAGUACGAGCAGUCGAAGAUGUUCUCCAUGAGAGUUUUAUUUUGUAGCAACGGACGACAGACAAGCGCAAUGUCGACUGUAGUAACGAAGGUCCACCUCACAACUGUUGGUGCCUCUUUUCCAACGAGUCAUUACGUAUUCAGUAAUUACAGUCGGGAACUUCGCCACAUGCCAGUGUCAAUUAAAUUCGUAAGUCUUUAACACAGAGGGGAAUCUCUUUUUGUACAGUGGGCAAAAACUUCAAAGUGCACAAGACGCCGAUGACAAAAAUGAAAGAACCUAGUUGGAACUGUUAUCGGCGUACGCGGAAAAUGGGCAUCAAUGAGAAUUCUUGAAUUGCCGGAGUGAAUUGAAGAACCGCACGACAAUGUAGUCGAAGCAGUCGUUAUAUGGCUUCACGACGUUUGUAAUGAGUGAAAUCGAUUUCGUGGCAGUAUGCUGGAGGACACUCGCUGCAGAAGAUUUGGUUAUAACCAGCUGAGUUAUAUCAUGGACUGGACGACUUGGUAGAAUAUAAUGAAUAUAUGUGACUUGGAAAGAACAUGUUGACAGUAGAAUUUAUUAUAUAUUGUUACCAUUUUUUACGUGAAGAAUUCGUCAAACCUCUAAACCUGUCCACGUGAUUUUUACUUUUUUUUCGUCUCAAGUAUCUAAAUUUAUUCGUGAUACGUAUCGCUGAUAUUGCCGGGGUCCCGCUGACUCCAGAAAGUUACUUGGAAUUAACAUAUGCAGCAGAAAGUCCGGCGGUAGUUAUACUCAUUUCUCCUCUCUCUCUCCUCUUUAUUAUUCCGCUUCCUUUUAUUUUUCUCGUCGUUUCUCACCUCGUCGUUUCUAAUUCCUACUGGAGGCUAUCAGCUUCAGUUGUUGUUUGUCUUCAGACCGGUGAAGACCUACACAGCCCCAGAAGAAAAUUGCGAGACCCAAUAAAAUCGUGAAAAUAAAGAAAAACUCAAUUUCCUCAAUUAAUUUUCGUGUUUUCUCUCCGUUCUAAAAAUGUUCAGUUUAGCUAGUAAAUGUUUAUUCGUGCGUGGAAAAGUCGGACGAAUUGUUAUUCCAAAAUGUCACCGGGAGAAAUUUGAAUUUUUAAAUGAUGAACAAUCGUUUUCGACUAAUUUGGCGAGUGCGGAGAAACUAGAAAUUCCAAAUUGUCCGAAGCCAACAUUUAUGGAGAAUCUGAAGGGUCUGGUGUGUUGGGAUAGGGCCCAGCGGCUUCACGAGUUCGUCGACGAACAGCAUCGGACAAUGGGACCGAUAUUUCGGAUGCACAUAGGAGCGGUCACUGCGGUAUUUGUUAAUUCACCCGAGGCUUAUCAGAGGAUCUUCAAAUUGGAGGGCCUCACCCCCCAGAAUUUUGUACCUGAGGCGUGGACACUCUACAACGAGAUGAGAGAGUGUCCCAGGGGGUUACUGUUCAUGAGUGGACAAGAAUGGCUGAACAACCGCCGAAUACUCAACAAACUUCUCCUGAAACCUUGCACCGCUAAAGACGUGAUGGUCGGUUCCUGCGAAAGUGCAGCGAAAAAGUUGUGCAAUGAGUGGAAAUUCUUCGCUGACGCAGGAAAAACCGUUCCGGAACUCGAGAAGAGGCUGUACCUGUGGUCAAUAAAGGUUAUAGUUUCCGCUUUAAUGGGAACCACCUGGGACCUUCAUGAGGACGAAAUCUCCGGCGAUUUGAAUAUUCUAGCUGAAAAUCUCCACGAGGUUUUCGUUCAAAGUGCAAAACUCUCGCUCUUACCCUGCAAGUUGGCCGUAAAAUUUCAACUUCCGGUCUGGAAGAAAUUCGUCAGGGUCAUGGACACAACCAUAAGGGUCGCCAGAAAGCUAGUUUUCCGGAUAGGGAAAGUUUCUAAUAAUGGACUUUUGGAUUUGAUGAGAGAUUCUGGGAUUCGGGACGAACAUCUCAUCAGAAUCGUCACUGACUUGAUUAUUGCUGCUGGAGACACUACGACAUAUUCGACCCAGUGGGCCCUCUACCUCCUCUCAACCCACGAAGAAGUCCAAGAGAGAAUAUUCGAUAUCGUUUCAUCGAAUAGUUCUCAAGAGAUGAUUGAUAAUUUGUACAUGAAGGGGGUUUUGAGGGAAUCCUUGAGGCUUUAUCCCACAGCGCCGUUUCUCAUGAGAUGUCUGUCUCAGGAUAGUACGAUCGAGGGCUACACAAUCUCAAAGGGGGAACACAUGAUAAUGUCCCUGUACUCAAGUGGAAGGGACAACAACAACUUCCCUCAGGCCAAUGAAUUCUCCCCGGAGCGAUGGACACGAGAUUCCAAAAAUAAACAUGAAAAUGUAAUAAAUCCAUUAGGAACUUUGCCCUUCGCCGCGGGAGCGCGAAGCUGCAUCGGUAGAAAAUUCGCCGAGGCUCAGAUGACCUUGACAAUAUCCCAGCUUAUAAAAACCUUCAGGAUCACCUGUGACAACGCAGAAAACGUAAAAAUGAUACUUCACCUGAUAUCCGUGCCCUCGGAGCCCCUGAAGCUGCGACUGACAACGAGGAACUAGAAAAAAAAAUCCUCAACAAAAUUUUAACCAAAUAAUUUUAAUAAUUCGCUCAAUGAAUGUACAUCAAAUAGAAAAAAAAAUAUACAAUUUACGAUUGGAUGAUAAUGUCAAUUGGUUGAAUGAUCCUUCGAUAAAAAAUUCAAUUUAGACUGGAAAAAAAAAUUAUCCACUUAAUUGACUGAAUAAAAUAACUGUAG